GGAAACGCCGUUUCCGGUAAUGAGCGAGCGACUGCUGACACCGCCGAAGCCCAACGACAAACCCGCUGCUUUCGGCAUCUACCGGGGAGAAAUUGUCCGCUCUUAUCCGAGCGGGACGUCAGACGGGUUCCAGUCAAGUGUUCGGCUGGAGACGAGAGGCGCGAGGCUGCAGCGAAGGCGCGGGGUUUGAGCCUCCCACCACCGGCAUGGCCCGCGACUACGAUCACCUCUUCAAGCUGCUGAUCAUCGGUGACAGCGGUGUUGGAAAGAGCAGUCUUCUCCUGCGCUUUGCAGACAACACUUUUUCAGGUAGUUACAUCACCACUAUAGGAGUGGACUUCAAGAUCCGGACGGUGGAGAUUAAUGGAGAGAAGGUGAAGCUGCAGAUAUGGGACACAGCCGGACAAGAGCGAUUCAGAACCAUCACGUCUACGUAUUACAGAGGAACCCAUGGGGUCAUAGUAGUGUAUGAUGUCAGCAGUGCCGAGUCCUUUGUCAAUGUCAAACGAUGGCUGCAUGAAAUAAACCAGAACUGCGAUGACGUCUGUCGAAUAUUAGUGGGCAAUAAAAAUGACGAUCCAAACUCUAAGGUUGUGGAGACGAAUGAUGCACAGAAGUUUGCUGAGCAGAUGGGCAUCAGUCUGUUUGAGACGAGUGCAAAAGAGAACAUCAACGUGGAGGAGAUGUUUAACUGCAUCACAGAGCUGGUGCUCCGGGCAAAGAAAGAGUCUGUGGCCAAACAGCAGCAACAGCAGCAGAACGAUGUGAUUAAACUCAACAAGAAUAGCAAACGAAAGAAAAAAUGCUGCUAGUGGACGAACAGACGUUCCUCUGCACGGCGGUCUGUACACGCAGACGGACUGUGAUCGUCUCAUUUAAGAUUUCACAAAAACACAGUGCGGACAAAUGCAGUCCUUUCUGGACCGAGACAAACCACAAAGACUUUUUAAAAGAAAAUGUACAGAUUUUAUGAGAGUCGAGGAGUUUUAUGUGGAAUUUUUGUUGUUUUUUAAUAAGAUAUUUUUCUUUUUUUGUUGGGGGAAGCAAGCUGACGUGAUCGCCAAACCAUGCAGGUUUCUGUAUGCUUUCAGAAUUACUCUUCAGUGAUUAUAUAUCUCUAUUAUCCACCAUCUCAGGAGUGAUUUUAUUUUCUUCAUUUUGCUUCUCUUUCUCGCUUAAUUUUUUUGUGUGUGUGUGGAAUGCCAGUGUUUUUUCUGCAAGAACAAUUUGGGCCUUCCCCCCCUCCCCCUUUUUUAUGAAAUCAUACAAAUACAGACAUUUACUCACCAUGGAUUCAAUCGGAGACAGAUGCCAACAACUUUUUCUUUUUUUUUUUUGUUAAUUUUAGACAUUAUUGAUUAGUGAUCCAUCGUGUGUUUUCAUUCUCUGAUUGGAUCUUUUGUAAUUCCUCAAGCCCGUUCCUUCCUUUCAUUGAAUGAAUCUCACAAAAAAACAUCUCCAGGUCACAUUGAAGAAUUAUUUCUAUUUUGCAUAAAGAAAAUGAAGACUUUGUUUAGGAUCAGGCACAUUUCAUGCCAAAUUCUUGAUGAAAUUUGAUGUUUAUACAUUGUAAAGUAAUCAUAUAUUAUCAUAGUAUUUGUUUGCGCUGCAUUUAAUUGAUGCUUAUUUAAAGAAAUCAUUGUAACAGUCCUUUUUUUGCUGUAGUACAUUAAAAAUGACUAUUAUAGUAAUAAGAAUAAUGAGAAUUUAAACAUCUGGAUGCUUUUCAGUAAUGUGCAAUAAAAAGAGCAUUAGCAUGAAAAUGAAGUCAAUUAAAAAAAAACAACGUAAUGAUCCUAAAAUAGGCUUCAUUUUUUCAUGCAAAUUAUAAUUUCUUUUUGCCUUGUAGAUUUGCAUGGUUUAAUGAGAUUCACUGCAUUAGUUCAGGCUUUGGGUCUUUGUGAUGUGGACAGCAGAGCUCCUUUGACAUUCAGUGACAUCUUCUGCUGCUUCAGGCUCGUGUUUUUCUGCUUUCGUUUUUUCCAUGAAGGUGGAUGAUGCUGCAGUAAUCUCGGAACAGUGUUGCCACACACUUCUCUUCUGUUUCAGUCGUUGUAGUAUUUCUCCAGACGCUGGAGUUGCAUCUUUGGGUUUGUGGAUGUAUUCGAUUGAAGCCAGUGUUAAAAACAAGAUUUCAUCUUCUGAAUCUCACGGACGAGAGGCGUUGUUGUGCCAUACGAGCUUGUAUGACGUACAAUCAUAUGGACCCGGAAGACGCUGAUACAAGGUUUAAAAACAUAAUUACCAUGUUUAUGCACAGUUGCAAGGGGUCUAUCGCUAAUAUGAAAUGUAAAAUGUUUUUAUAUGUGGAAUGGAGAUGUUGGGUUAAAGUGUUUAAGCCAAUGGGGUUCAUCCCUAAAUUUCUUGAAUACGCUAUUGACACUUUGACACUUUGUGGCAGAUCCACAUUUGACAGCUCUGCCAUCCCACUGUGUGAUCUUCCAUUGACAUCUCUGUGGAGGUGAAUCUCACCAAAACAUCAACACCUUAAAAAAAAAGGUUAGUUUUCAUAAAGAAAAUGAAGCUGAUUAUUAGGCACAUUAAUGUUGUCUUUUGCAUUAAAAUGUAAAUGUAAAAAGUAAUGUUAAUGUUAAAAUGUAGCAUUAUUUGCAAAAAGUUAAAAAGAUUUGUUUAUUAAAUGCAACUAAAUUAGUCACGCCAACAAAAGUUUUCCCCAAUGAAAGUCAAGCCAAUUUUUAGGCACAUUAUUUUCUUUCUUCUGCAUUAAAAAGUUAAUGUAAAUAUGUUGCUUUUUUGCAGAAAACUAAAAACGCCUUUUUUUUUUUUUUUUUUUUUUAUGAAAUAUACAUAUAAAAUUGGUUUAUGCAAUGAAUUAAGAUCUGCAUUUAAGUCAUUACAACAGAAAAAAAUGCAUAUUUAUGUUCUUGUUUUGCAUUAAAAUGUUAAUAUAAAAUGUUCAAUUUUUGCAAAUAAGUAAAUACCAGAUUGUUGUUGUUGUUGUUUUUUUAAAUAUCCGUAUUGAAAUCAUUACGAUUUUUUUGUGCAUUGUGCAUUUUUUGCAGAUUGUUUUUUUUUUUAAUGUAAUGCAAUGAAUUUAGAGCUGCACUAAUUAAUUACAGUAACGAUAAUAUAUAAAUGUUUCAAAACUGAAAUAUGCAAAACAUGGAAAAAGAUUAAGGAACCUAAAAUGAGCUUCAUUUAAAAAAAAAUAAAAAAAAAGUAAUAUCUAAAAUUAAAUUUUGUUUUUGAGUGGUUUUGUGAGAUUCACCAAUAGAUAUAUUUUCAUGAUUAAUUUAGUAAGCCAAAACACCACAAGCCCUGGCUGUGCUGUGAGCCAAUUUCAACCCAGUCAUGUGACUUCAGUUCAUCAUACGUGUGCGUAUACGUGCACAUUUGACAUACUAGCACAUGUCCGUGCAAACUGUGCUGGUUGAAACACUUUUUUUCAGCUGUGGUUAUAUUAUACACUGGAGUAAAGAAAUGUAUAGUGGACCUCCCCUUUAUGAAUUAAAUCAUUAAUAAAUAUUUUAAGAAUUAAUAUUUGACACAA